UUUGAAAGUUUUGGUUAUUUGAUUUUACUUUUCAAUUUUAUUUUUCGGGCUUCAGCAUGCGGAAUAUUACUGAAAUUGUGUUAUAUCUAAUUUUAUAAAUAAUUUUACUUACUUUAAAUUUACAAUAGGUUACUGAAAAUAGUUAAAGAAUAGUUUUUGUAUGUAGAAAUAGGUACUUUCCAAAAGAAAUAUUAUUUUAAUUAAAAUCCGGUUUAAAUACACACAGAAACAUGGUAUUUUAUUUUACGAGUAAUGUUGUUACGCCUCCAGUUACGUUAUUUAUGGGUGCCGAUAAACAUGAAAAUGAAGAUCUCAUUAAAUGGGGCUGGCCUGAGGAUGUAUGGUUUCAUGUUGAUAAAGUCUCAUCAGCACAUGUGUAUCUAAGACUCAAACCUGGACAAACUAUUGAUGAUAUUCCUAAUUCUGUGUUAGAUGACGCAUGUCAAUUGGUAAAGGCAAACUCUAUUAUGGGAAACAAAAUGAAUGACAUUGAUAUAGUUUAUACAAUGUGGUCAAAUUUGAAGAAAAGCCCAAGUAUGGAGGUUGGACAGGUUGCUUUCCAUAAAGAUAAAGAUGUGAGAAAAGUUCAUGUAGCUAAAAGAUGCAAUGACAUUGUAAAUAGAUUAAAUAAAACUAAAACAGAGUCAUUUCCCGAUUUAAGAGUAGAAAGGGAGACUAGAGAUAGACUGGAGAGAGAAGAUAAGAAGAAACUGUUAAGAGAAAAAAAGGAAAAGGAGAAAGAAGAAGAAAAGAAGAAAAAAGAGGAAGCAGAACUAAGAAGUUACUCAACAUUAAUGAAAAAAGAAAACAUGACAACUAAUUAUGAUGGAAAUGAUUCAGACGAAUUUAUGUAAAUAAUAAUAUAUUGUGCCAAAAUCUUAUACUGUAAUUACAUACCUACCUGUUAUUAACAUUGAAAAUCUAGGUUAAUAAUUUGAUGUGUCUUAAGUUGAGACAUCUUUAUCCAACUAUGUGGAAUGCACCUGCAGCACUAAAUAUGUAUGGGUAAAAAUAAAUACAUAUUUAUAAUUUCAAAUAA